AGAGAAGGGCAUGUUUAGGGAUGUUUUUAUCGACACUUUGAAAUCGUUAAAACAAAAUAGAGACCCUCUAUUGGCUACGAUGAACGUCUUUAUUCAGGAACCGACACUGGACUGGUUAGAGAACUCAAAACUCACUGAAAUAGCGCAGAGUAAUAAUGCGGAAUGGUAUCCUCUCCAAAAAAUCAUUCAAGCCGAGAAAAAACUGAAUGGGGCUCACUCUCGAGCAAUUUUGAUCGAAGAUUUGAGAGCCUCUCCUUACAGAAAGCUGAAACCGGAAUAUUUUGAAAAAUAUAUCAGUUAUGUCGAAGGCGAUUCUAGACUGAGUCUAGAUCGUACAUUUACUGUAGAAGAGCAAGUGAAUGUCCUCAUAGAUCACGCUACUGAUCAGAAUUUACUAGGAAGAAUGUACGUAGGAUGGCGUUCUUAUAUUUAAUGUGUUUAUUGUAUUUUUUGUAUUGUGUAUAUUCUAAUAAGAAAAUACUGCAUAUAAUUUCUCUACCAAUAAGCAUUAAAUGUUUGUUUGUUUUUUCUAUUA